AUGUGGGUACCAGGGUCUGAUCCGAACCGCAGCUGUCCACUCUGCAAAAGGGAUCACUUCAUUGCUUAUUGUGAGCAGUACAAGAAGAAGACGGUUAGCGAGAAACGGGAGGCCAUCAACACUCACCAGCGGUGCUGGAACUGCCUGGGUCGUCAUCUGCUAGCCGACUGUAAGUCGCACAAGGCGUGCGCCACAUGCUCCGGCCGGCAUCACACGACGUUGCACGACGCCUUUGUGGCUGUGGCCUUACCUGUGACUGCCUCCUCAUCUUCGACGACGACGGUCCACGUCGCGAGGCGACCACCCCGGGAGUGUGGACCGGCGCUUCUGGCAACUGCCCGUGUAUUCGUGGCCGACCGCGUGGGCACUCGGCAUGCGGUCCGCGCGCUGAUCGACCCGGGCUCAGAAACCUCGCUGAUAGCGGAAUCCUUAGCGCAACGACUUCGGCUCCCGCGGACCCCAUCGUCAGUGGCCAUCUUUGGAGUGGGAGGCAUCCAAACGGGCGUCACCCACGGACGAAUCACCGCCACCGUUUCCUCUCGCGAUGGACACUUUGCGCUCGCCGUCUCGCCGCUCGUCUUCCCACGACUCACGGUGUACGGCGGAACCUCGGAGGGCGAGGCCCGUUCCUGGCCCCACCUCGACGGCCUCGAGCUUGCAGACCCGGAGUUCCACCGCCGGGAUGCUGUGGAGUUGCUGCUUGGCGCCGAUGUCUAUCUGGACCUCGCUCUGCCGGAGGGCUUUCGCCGAGGAGGACCGCGCGAGCCCGGUGCCCUGUUGACUCGCUUUGGCUGGGUGCUGCUGGGCGUCGUUGGAGCCGGUCACGUCGCGACCCCCGUGUCGUCUCUCCAAUGCUCCACGGGUGACGAUCUGGUAGCCCUCGUACGCCGCUUCUGGGAGACCGAAGAACCUCCUCGGGCCGCCUUGCCGCUGACCGCUGACGAACAGGAGUGCGAAGAUCAUUUUGUGCGCACCCACGUGCGACUUGAGGACGGUCGCUAUCAGGUACGACUACCGUUCCGUACGGGGCUGCCGGACCUCAGCUCCACGCGCCGCACCGCGUCACGGCUCCUCGACGUCAUGAGGCGUCGGUUCAUUCACGAUCGCGAAUUCGGUGGACUGUAUCGCGACUUCAUGAACGAGUACCUGACACUCGGACACAUGUCGCCUGUCUCAGCCGCGUCGCCCUCACCAGGUUCCAGAAUCUGCUUCCUGCCUCACCACGGGGUGCUACGGAGCUCAAGCACGACGUCCAAGAUCCGGGUGGUGUUCAACGGCUCGGCGCGUACUGGCGGCGGGUCGUCACUGAACAACAGUCUGCUCACCGGACGUAACUUGCUGCCGUCGCUAGCCGACACCUUGACUCGCUGGCGGCGACACCGCUAUGUCUUUGUCGCCGACAUCAAGAUGAUGUAUCGUCAGAUACAGCUGCACCGCGACGACCGGGACUUGCAGCGGAUCCUGUGGACAGAGGGAGACGAGGUCAAGGAAUUCCAGCUGAAUACCGUGACGUACGGCCUAGCGAGCGCACCGUACCUCGCCAUCCGCGUGCUCCAUCAACUCGCGAUCGACGAGGUUGGUCGCUUUCCGCUGGGCGCCGAUGUACUGCGGCAGAUGUCUACAUGGACGAUGUACUCACCGGAGCCGCCACCCUGGAUGCAGCGGGCGACCUCCUGGAUCAGGUGGCCGCGCUCUGUACGGCGGGCGGCUUCCCGCUUAGGAAGUGGGCUGCCAACGACGAUCGCCUUCUGGAAAAAAUCCCGCUCGCACAUCGCUUGGACGUCAUGA